UGGAAUACCUGGUGACCCUCGACUCUUUGUCAGUACUAAAUGAUGGGAACGAAGACUGUUAUCUCCAAGAGGGGCCGACAGGCUACGGAAGAGUGCGCCUCACUGGGAAGGAGGCUGAAAAAUGGGAGGAGUUUUGACGCCUGCAGGGUAUUUGUGUAGGGAUAAAGUGUUGGAGCGAUGGGUGGAGCUGAUUGCGCGUUGUGCGCACGCCCGCGGUGGUGGUGGCUCCCGUGUGCUCUGCGCAAGGGCGGCUGCGCGGGCGCACCCGUACAAGUACUGCUACUUAGAGAGGGCCUCUCCACCACAAGCCAUGGCCGAUCGCCGUCUGGCCAUCGUCGAAGGCGCAGCUUGGGUGAUGGUCCGUGUCGGUGCCAGCGAAGCCGAAGCAAAGCUUAUACUAGGAGCGAGGGUCUCUGGAGUCAGUGCGGCCGCUUAUACCUGCCGCGUGCCGCUUACAAGCCCCCUUGCGUUGCUACACUACACUGCUGCCAACCAGGGUUACUACACAACGGCAGUAGGCCCACCGUCAAACACAACGUGCGUUGAACGAGCAGCUACAUGGCAGCUUUGGCACCCAUCCUUAGAAGCAACCGUGGAUGCGCACUUCUCUGAAUUGUCUACCAUCGCGAGGAUAGCUGGAGCCAUCAACUCACUGCUGGAUAAGAUGAGAGAAGGGAUAUAUCAGGGUUCCCUCCGCGGUGUGAGCCGCUACAUGGCGCAGUGCGCGCUGCGCCGGCGCGUGGAUCGCUGCGCUGCGCACAGUCAGGCUGCUGCGCGAUUGAUUGCGCAAACUCAUGCGUCACAUCAUCUGCUGCUGGUUUUGGACUCGUUGUUAGCAGUAUGUGAACGAGGAACGACAGCAGGCUACGUGUACCCAGUAGAUCGAGCUGCCUUGGUGAGACGAGGAGCUCGUGGCACUGAUUGGGCCGCUGAUGCAGCGACGAUUCGACGGUGUCUCAUGGACUUGCACCGACUGCCUGGGUCCGAAGAAAUCCUACUCACACCCUCAGAGUCCCUGGAAUCGGUGCUGUUUUCUCGCUGGGAGCACUUGAACAGAGUUCCGAAGCCGACAACAGGAAUCCCGAGCUUCACAAGGCGUCAACUGAUGUACUUGUGGAGAGUCGCCAGCGAGCUGGUGGCUUGUAAGAACAUGGUGGUUUGUGAAAACCACAGCACAUUCCGUGCCAACUUGCUCCAAGCGACUUCUCAGCACGAAAUCAUAGAACAGCUGAUCCAUAUCCUAGCCAUCAUGCUUGACCAAGCACGAGACCUGUAUCUGAACAAUAUCGAGACCAGAAGUUUUGGAGAGUUCGACAGAGAUACUACCACUUACAGGUCAAAGAAAUGGAACAAGCUGAAGGACUACUACGACGCGUCUUCAGCGUGCUUGAUAGACGCCGUCAGACGGGACCCGGAGCUGCGGACAGAGAAUUUGGAAGAUGAGCUCAAUGUUAUGAGGAACGUGCUCAACUGGCUUUAUAAAGGAGUAAAGGACGACAAGAAAUACCUCAGCCCAGUUCUCAAGCCCUACCUCGACGCACUCUUCACCGGCUCCCUCGAAAACUCCUGGUUCCUCGAAGAGUUCGACGCCAAGAAGAGCGAAGCAGAAUUCCAAGGUCUCCAAGUGUACUGUACUGGUGUCCAUGAUGGGGUCAUUGAACCCUGUCUUGGGCUAUUGGGAGCAGCCAAGAAGCUGGCCUGGGCUAAGGCUAUGGUGGAUUUUGUGGACAGAUAUAAGCAUAUCGAAUUUCGUCUCGUUUUCCCAACUGGCGACGGCAUGGCAGUGUCGUAUCCAAUGAAACUGCCAAGCCGGAGAGAACACAGUGCGGCCAGAGAACUCACACUAAGCCGGAGGGAUAAGUGCGAAGCGAAGCUUCGGUUAGCCCGACGGAGUGUGCUUGGAGCCUUCACUACGGCUCUUGUGGGAGACAAGCGCACAAAACAGCAUAUAAGCUGGCAAGGCAGCUCUGACGAAAUCCUGGCCAGCGUGAAGAAAGGCAGCUAUUGGAGGAACAACACUAAACCUGAUGUUGUACCCUCCACCUCCGUCCAGGAUCUGUCUUCCAUAGAUACCCUUCCAAAAGCGCGCCGAAGGUCCCGUCGAAACCGACCAGCAACCGCCUACGGGUUUCCAGAAAUCUCCAUCACUAACCAAUCUGACACCAAAACUAUGCGGCGCAAGUACCAUACCCUGAGGAACCUGGUGUACUCCGAACCAGUGGAGAAUAUUAAGGAGUUAAGGAGAAGACCGAGGUCUGCUGGGUCUACUGUGCGGAAUAAGGAGGCGUUGAGUAGACCUGGUCUGAUGGAGACGCUGGAUUUUAUUAAUAGUGUGAAGGAUGCGCUCUGUGUUGAAGAAUCCGGCGCUUCAGACGCCGAAGACACAGGAUGGUCUCUAAACGACGAGUGGCUCGUGGGACAGACGGCGCCGCUAGCUAUGACCGCGACCGUUGCGGUUGCCGCGCGUUACACGCCGCGCUUGCUGACUUGCUGCCAGCGUUAUUGCUGCGACGACACUUUACUGUACUGCAGGAGCUUUGUUCAUGGCUUGGUGACUCCAGCGAGGGUGCCCUGUUCGCAUUACACCGGCUGGCCAGAGCAGCUCGUUCUAGAAGUAGCGAAAGGAUUGCCAAUUCCUGGAAGCUUCCAGAAAUCGAAGGAACGACAGAGGCUCCACAGACCUAUCGAGCAAGGCCUCCUGAUUAUAUGUCAGGGGAUGAAGCACCUCAGCCACCACCGCUGCCAAGACGAUCUAGCAGAGAUAAACAGUUCACAAAGCGCUACAGCGACUACCUCUCACCCAAACUAGAAGCCCUAGAGACCCACCUCACUCAACUGGAGCUAGCCUCUCGUCAGAAUAGCUAUACGGGCAUAAUCAACCCCGUAUACGACGGGAAGAUACGAGACAAGUUUGUGAAGAGGUCCAAGUCACUGGGACGGAGUUUCAGUAAG